AUGUUGAGUCCCAGCCGCCCAACUGACAGCGGCAGCCGGAGCCGCAGCAGCCGCAGUGUGUCCACAAUUACUCAGAAGUCAGUCCCACUAGGUUCAGAGGAGCUUACUCCCAGAAAUCUGGAUUAUUACAGAGAGGAACCAAGGGGGAGAGACCUGCCCCACAGCAGAGCUCAUCGGGUCUCCUCAACUGGCUUGCCCUUCCUCUCUGGGAAUACUAUGUCACAGUACUCCACCAAUUUCCUCUUAGUUCCCAUCCCUGAAUAUCCCAUCUUGGACUGCGCGCCCAACAAAAUCAUCAAGCUGGUCGUGUUGGGUGGCAGCGGCGUUGGCAAGACGGCCCUAAUCGUGCGCUUUCUCACCAAGAGAUUUAUUGGAGACUACGAGGCCAAUACUGGUGCACUGUAUUCCAGAAAAUUCACCAUCGAUGGAGAGCAGAUCUCUUUACAAGUUCAGGAUACACCCUUUGUUUCAUUGGAGGAUGAGAAUGACGCUAUCUGCUGCCAGGAGCAAAUAAAUCGGUCCAUCUACUGGGCAGAUGGCUUUGUGUUUGUCUAUUCCAUCACGGACUACGACAGCUAUCGCGUCAUCCGCCCCUUGCACCAGCACAUCCGGAAGAUCCAUCCCAACGCCAACAUCCCCCUGCUCCUCAUGGCCAACAAAGGGGACCUGCUCCGGGCCAGACAGGUGUCCAUGAAAGAAGGCCACCAGUUGGCCAAUGAGCUGGGCUGCACUUACUCCGAAGUGUCUGCACGAGAGAGCUGCGAGGGCGUUCAUGAGGCCUUUAAGCAGCUGUGUCAGGAGAUGAGCAGGUUGAUCAGCAGCUGCAAUGGGGAGAAGCGGAGGGGGCUCCAUCUUGUCCGGCCCAAGUCCCCCAACAUGCAGGAUUUGAAAAGGCGGCUCAAACAGGCCUUGUCUUCGAAAGGGAAAGUGACCACCACCCUCUGAUGGAUCUCAUCGUAACUGCUGAGCCUGGGCUGGGGUGGAAGAGAAGAGAUAUAGACCGUUGAUAUUUAUAUCUAUUUGUGGCAAUUUCUUGACAGCAUCCUUUUGCAGGAAAGAAUUGCUCUGUGAGAAGGUGUCAGAUCACAAACUUUCGGAGCUGUGCCCUUUUUGUUCAAAAGGUCCCCAAGAGAGGAGGCAUAAAGAGAGGCACCUUAGCAGGUUCUUCAUCCACACCAUGAGCUUAUCUUCCUAACUGGCAUGACAAGCAGACAUACCAACGAAUCAAACUCUGUUGCAGCUGUCUGCCUUGUUCCUCUCCCAUGUUUCAGGCAGGCAGUCUACCUUUCCUCCCUACUUUUUUACAUGCCAUAUGUGUGUUUAUUCAUUUAUGUGGUCAUCUACUGCCUUUAUUAAAAGAAAGAAAGAAAGAAAAUACCCAUACCCACAAAACAUAUUAAACAGAGUUGAAAAACUGCUGCGGGGAUGGGAGGGAUGGUUGUUGACUGCACAGGCUCCAGCCAAUACACACUCUUCAUGGGUGGAUCUUCGCCACAUUGAAAACCUACACAACCAGGUUUGGUUUUUUUAGAGCUCACCUUGAAACAGAAAACUACCCAAACUUCAUCUCACUUCUGCUGCAAUGGUAUGUUUGAGAACAGUUCUAGUUUUAUCUAGGACAGCAUUUACAAUUGAACUGAAUGAUUCAUUUAGCACCGUGAUCUUCCAUGAGAGUGUAUAAUGAACCAGAGCUUUGCAGUUCAUGUCCCCAGUGAUCACAUUCCAACCCACUCCCACCAAUUGGUCCCAAAAUCUAAAAUACAAUAUUAAAAAGAAUUAAAACGUAUUUCAAUCACAGGAAUAGGAUUGGUUCUGAAAACUUCAUCUUAGGAGCCGAAGGCCAAGGUAGAGUGGUGUAUCUUUAGCAUUUGCUGAAAACUAUAGCAAAGGUGCCAGACACAGGGAGGAAAUUCUGCAAGUUUGGGGAUUCCACAGAGCAAGCUCUCUCCCGGGCCACCAUCCCCCAAACCUCUGAGGGUGGCAGAACUACUAAGAUGGCCUCCUCAGGCCCCCUGCUCAUCUCCUGACACAGGCUUCAGGCCUGUGCAUGAUUUUCACAAUAGUGGAGAGCAGGAUGCAGGUAUGCACCAUCUAGCCUGUUGAGCUAAUUCAGCCUUCCCCUACCUGGCGCCUGCUAGAUGUUUUGGAUGACAAGUCCUGUGCUGGCUGGGGCUGAUGGCAGUUGCUGCCCAAUGCUUCUAGAGGGUGCCAGGCUGGGGAAGUCCAGCCUAAUUCAUGGUGGACUCAUAACUCUUAUUUUGUAUUGCAGAACUGGGCUGAAAUUUUCAGAGGUGCUGAAUUUAGAAUGUAAUGAAGAGCUGUGCUCGAUUUUUUCCCCCUCCCUAAGAGGGUCAUUUUGCUAAAUAUUCUCUUACCCUUUCCAGCCCCCUUGGGCCUCAAUACUGCCACUGCUUAUGGUGAGGACUUUUCCACCCAACCCCACACUGAAACUGUUGGAGAAUUUGGCCCUUCCCACCACCACCCAAAUAAUAUUUGGAGCAAUGCCUCAUUUCUCAUUUCAGUUUUGCCACCUGAGAAUAGGGUGAAGAAUUUUGGGAGGCUGUUUUUGCUCAGUGGGUGCUCAAUUUACUUACCAGCUCAAUGGAAGCCCAAGCGGCUCAACCAUUAAUGCCAAGAUACAUUCAAACUAAGAAAACAGACUUCUCGGGGAAGAAAUGCUUGUGUUUAAAGAUAAUGGGAAUGAAAAUCAAUCUGCAUGGGAAUGAUCAUGGAGGAUAGGGCUAUCCAUGGCUAAGUUCUGCCUCCAGUAUCAGAGGUGGUAUGCCUCUGAAUCCCAGUUGCUGGGAAUCACAAGUGGUAAGAGUCCUGUUGCACUCAGGUCCUGCUUGUAGGCUUUCUGUAGGCAUCUGGUUGGCCAUCCUGUGAGAACAGGAUGCUGGACUAGCGGGGCCUUUGGGUCAGAUACAGUUAAGUCUCAUAUAUUCUUCAUUGUUUGGUUUGACAUUAGUUUCUCUCCCAGAUAUAUUGCCAUGGUUUCGCAAACAUAGAGAAGACAUCAUCGCUAACAUCAUGUAGCUUUUUAAACUGAAAAUUCGGCAUCUCAGGAUCUAAGAAAUUUGUUUGUGAGCCCUAAGAAGCCCAGCUAGCAGGUCAUGUAUGCCACAGUGUACCUCUAGGUUAGGGAUGGGAGACUUGUGACCCUCCACAUGUAACUGGACUUCAGCUCCCAUUAGCCAUGCUGGCUGGGGAUGAUGGGAGUUGGAAUCCAACAACAUCUGGAGGAUCACAUCCCUGUUCAGGGUAGCAAGUCAGUCACCAAAAUAUACAAGAUAGUUACACAUCCAGGGUGUUUUUUUGCUUAAACAUUGCUAAUCAAUGUAUUGGAGAACAGUGGUGAAGUCUGACAUGAGAAUAUCUGCUUACAGCUCUCCAUGUCAACAGAACUGGACUGGCUUAAAUGAUAUAUAGAUGAAACUCUACACUGUGAGGAUGGCAAGACUCUCAGGUGGUUCUCUCAGGUGGUUCUCUUGGCCAAAAAGAUAUUAAGGAUACAGUGAACAAGGGGAUACCAAAAAGUGUUAACUCCUCCUAGAGGGUCUCUUCUUCUAAUCUUGUUCCUGAACUUUAGAUUUUCCUUCCUGUAAUACAAUCAAGGGAAAACUUUUUAAGUGGUUGCUCUAUGAAGGAUGAGCUAAGCAAUUGGAAACUAACUGUGGAAAGCAACUGGAUUUUUUUUAACUUGCUGGGCUGAUUUUUCUGCCCAGAAACCCCGAAAAGGCCUCAUGCUAAGCUGCACACAUUGGGAAAAUCAGAAAUUAGGCCUGAGUUACAGCCUAUAUGGCCAGCCGGCCAGCUAACUAUAGUGUGAACAGCAGUCUUUCUAUUCCUACAGGGCUGUUUUCGUGCUGUUUUUAUCAUGAAAAAUCCACCCUCAGUCAGGGAAAGUGUUGUGAGCAGACUUUUGAGGGCUCUUCCAAAUGAGGCUUUUGUUGCACAGUUGCCCUGCCUUAUUCACUGAAUUUUUCAGAGGGUCCUAUUCUGAAAUUGCUCCUGUUCUUAAAAUAAGCUGUCAUUCUUUAAAUGGAGGCUGUCACUGUCUGUCAUGCCACAGAUUUAAAAAUGCAGUUUAAAAAAUCCUGUAGGUGGUGGUGAUGCACCCAAUUGCCCCAUCCUGUACAGGGCUUGCUGAAAUGCCAGGUGAAACCCUGAAUGCUGGCAUUAGCAUUCCUAAUUGGAAGGCUGGUAGCUGGAAAUGGAGAAUACACACUUCUGUUGACCAGCCAAAGGCAUAUGUAGGGUUGGCCUGUUAUACUUUGCUACCUAAGGCAAAGGAUGAGAUGCCUCCCCUGCCCUCUGCAUUCCAUGUAGAGAAGCCAGCUGGACAGACGCUUGGACAGGACUGUCAGCACUGGUGACAGGAUAGGGCCCUUCAGCACACGUGAGGAUAGCAAGCUAGUUAAGGGGGCACAGGACAGGCUUCAUCAGUGGUGGCUGGUGCCCAUUGAGCCUGGUGGGGCAGAAAGCAGGGAGGCCAAUAGUAGGUGGAACCAAAGUCAAUGACAGGCAGAGCCAAGGAAUUCUAGUUCAGUCCCCAUGCGCCUCCUUGGUGAGUUCUCCAAGGGCAACACCAGUUGCUGGAAACCAUGGGGGGAGGGGAAGAGUGCUCUUGUGCUCAGGUCCUGCUUGUGGGCUUCCCGUGGGCAUCUGGUUGGCCACUGUGAGAUCAGGAUGCUGGACUAGAUGGGCCACUGGCCUGAUCCAGCAGCCAGGCUUUUCUGAGUUCUUAUAAUACUGAGACUAAGGAGGACAGGCAGCUGACAGUCAGGCCACCUCUGGCGUGGCUGUUAAGUAAGAAGCCAGGCAAGUGGGGGCUGUCUGAGGGCAGAGUGAGGUUGGUGGCCUAACAUUUGCCCUAACAUACCAGCUUCCACUGGGCAUCAUGGUGCACACAGUUCUAUCCUCCCAUGGGGGAAGUGCCUAGGAGCUCAGGAAGAACAGCUGAUGGGCUGCUGCCACUGUCCUCUGGCAUCUGACUCCUGAAGGGAUUGCAGUAGCACAGUGGCAAAUUCAGAAGUGCCAGGUCCCUUUAUGUUGGUCACAGUCAUACCUCCCCUCCCCCCCUUUUUUGCUGCUUGGUUGAGAAUGAGAUCCUUGCUAAUGCCUUCUUCCACAACAACAGAUAUCACUAGGAGCCAAUCAGCAUGAAAGGAGAGUGUUAGCUGCUGAGAAGAGUCUUCUCAGCGGCUGACUCACCUCCUUUCAACAUUCUGAUUGGCUCCAAUCAGCAGGAUAGAACAAGGAAGCAUGUUAGAAGACUCUUCUUAGUGGCCAAAGCACUCCUCUUUCGUGCUGAUUGCCUCAUAGGAUGCUGGAGACAUAGGGACCCUGCUGGGACCCUGCUUCCAAAAAAGGAAGGGGUCGAAGACCUCCCGAAUACCCUGCAUGACUACACCCCUGGGAAGUUGUCUCACUCUGCCUAAAGGUACAGCCAGCCCUGGACCCAAGACCAGCCCAACGAUUCCAUCCUGCCUGCCACUUUAGAGGGGAUGGUGUUGCAUAGAUGUAGCUAGAACAAAAGAAGAAGAAAAGAUGAUGAAAAUAUGGGAACAAUUAAAUUUGCUUUAGAUCAUAACACAUGGCAAAACAUCUGAAAUGUUGAGCAAAACUUGAGUAUAGAGUAUCUUCUAUGUGUUGAUGGAAAAAGAAACACAUCCCUGAAAAGAGCUCACUGGUCCUUUGGAGAAGGACCAGUACAUUCCGCAUACAGAAGACAAUAGGAAAGAACUUUAAUACGGGCAAUUCUGUUCUCAUGCAUUUAAGUGUAAAACAAGGAAAAGGCUUGCCAUUUCAGAAGGAAUGCUCUGCCCAUAGAGAUUCAGCAGCCAUCUCCUUCUGUUUUGACUUUUAAAUGCCUGCUGAAAAGUUUUCGAUGCUGCCAGGUUUAUGCAGGCACUUAAGAUAUCUUUCUGCAAUAGCUAAUGAUUUCUUAUUGUAAAAAUGUAAUGGUUUUAUUGUAUAUAUAGAUAUGAUUGUUGUCUUUUUUUAUGAAUAGUGGUAUACAAAUAUUUUUAUAAAUAAAGACAUAAGCUAAACUAGGCAAGCCUUUCCCAACUUGGCGUCCUCCAGAUGAUGUUGGACAAGUCCCAUCAUCCCUGACCAUUGGCUACGGUGUCUGGGACUGAUAGGAGUUCUGGUCCAAAAGAUUUGGAGGGUACCAGGCUGGAGAAGGCUGGUGUAGGGGAAUAAAAGGAACAGUGCCUUCAAAGGGAUCCAUGCAUAACAGUAUUAGUAGGUAGUGGUCAGUAGCCUAGAGCUGGGGCUGAUGGGCGCUGUAGUCCAAAACAACUGGAAGGCACCAGGUUAGGGACUUAACUCUUAACAGAACCAAUGACAACUUGAUAAUCAAUUAUUUUAGCCAUCAUUAUCAAUGGGAGAGCUCGCCAAACUUUAACUCAGAAUUCCACCCUCCAAGCCGGUAAUUUUUUAGAGACAAUGCAACGGCUUGCAAAUAAGUAUGUUCCUAUUUUUGUAAGCUCUCCCUUUCUACAAAAUGAUAAGAGGGGGGAGAGAAGUUGCAGGUGCAUGUGUGAAAGGCGGAGAGCCAAAUGAAGAGAAGGAAAAGGAAAGUAAUUUGGAGGGGAAGGGCUCCACUGGGGCAAAUGGGACACUGCCCCAUCAUCCUCAGUCUGCCUUCAGCCAGCCUCCCUUCCUGCCUUCUCACAAUCUGUUCCUGGCUGUCUGCUUCCCUCUCCUUAAUCUCAGUGUUGCUCUUGUAAAACUCAGAAGGGGAGAGGAGGAGGAUGGGAAUAAAACUAGACUUAGUUGGCUCUGGUUGUACCUGCUCACGGCCUCUCUAUCUUCUGCCCCACACCAGCCACUGGUGGGGAAUGGGGAGGGCAGUGGAGAUGGGCAAGAGGGUACUCUCAUCCACUCAGAUCAAAAUCCAAGCUGGAGGAGAGGUGCGGGCUUGUUGAAGCUUCAGUUUUGAAGUUGGCUUUAACGAUUCUCCAACGUUUGUUUCCUGAAUCUGGUUUGGGUGAACGUUUGGGUCAAUAUCUCUGGUUGAAUUUCAUUGUAUUACAUUUAUAUCCUGCCUCUCCUCCAAGGAGCUCAAGGUGGCAUGCAUGAUUCCCUGUGUUUCUCCAUUUUAUCCUCACAACAACCCUGUGGGGUGUGGUGGCAGGUUAGGCUGAGAGAAAGUGACUAACCCAAGAUCACCCAGUGGGUUUCAUGGCCAAAUGGGGAUUUGAAUUUGGGUCUCCCAGGUCCUAGUCUAGCACUCUAGCCACGACACCCAUUGAGCCCAUUUGCUACUUCUAGGCUAUGGUCACACUAAUCGCCUACAGCAAAGUGUUUCCAUCAGCCACGCAUGGAGGGCAACGGAUUGAUCUCCCAAUCAGUUGUAAAAUCUGUUUGAAUCUGAAAUUUAAAAAAUGCACUCAAGCUGCCCCACCAGGUUUUACAUGAAAAAGCGAAGGAUUUGACUAGCUUCAUGUGCCCCCAUUUUCAGGAGGUAGAGACAACAAUUGAGUCAUGUCCUGAUCUAGGCCACAUUCACACUAUGCAUUUAUUCCACUAUGAUUCCACUUUAAACAGUCAUGGCUUCCACCAAAGGAUCCUGGGGACUGUAGUUUGUUAAGGGUGCUUAUUCUCCGCACAGAGCUACAAUUCUCAGUGGUUUAACAAUCAACCUCUCUUCUCAAGGAACUCUGGUGAUUGUUUAAAGAGGAAUCAUAGUGGAAUAAAUGUACACAAACACAUACCUAUAGUCCACCUUUCACUGAACGGUCCUAGGAAGGGUUAUAAAAAUUGUUGUUGUUGUUCUGUGCCUUUCAAUUUGAUUACAACUUAUGGUGACCCUAUGAAUCAGUGACCUCCAAAAGCAUCUGUCAUGAGGCACCCUGUUCAGAUCUUGUAAGUUCAAGUCUGUGGCUUCCUUUAUGGAAUCAAUCCAUCCCUUGUUUGGCCUUCCUCUUUUUCCACUCCCUUGUUUUUUCCCAGCAUUAUUGUCUUUUCUAGUGAAUCAUGUCUUCUCAUGAUGUGUCCAAAGUGAUUCAUCAUUUUAGCUUCUAGUGGCAGUUCUGGUUUAAUUUGUUCUGACACCCAAUUAUUUCUUUUUCGCAGUCCAUAGUAUGAGUAAUUUCAAAUGAGUUGAUUUUUCUCUUAUCCGCUUUUUUCACUGUCCAACUUUCACAUCCAUACAUAGAGAUCAGCAAUACCGUGGUCUGAAUGAUCCUGACUUUAAUGUUCAGUCAUACAUCUUUGCAUUUAGGAACUUUUCUAGUUCUCUCAUAGCGGCCCUCCCCAGUCCUAGCCUUCUUCUGAUUUCUUGACUAUUGUCUCCAUUUUGAUUAAUGACUGUGCCGAGGUAUUGAUAAUCCUUGACAAGUACAAUGUCCUCAUUGUCAACUUUAAAGUCACAUAAAUCUUCUGUUGUCAUUACUUUUGUUUUUUUGACAUUCAGCUGUAGUCCUGCUUUUGUGCUUUCCUCUUUAACUUUCAUCAGCAUUCGUUUCAAAUCAUUACUGGUUUCUGCUAGUAGUAUGGUAUCAUCUGCAUAUCUUAAAUUAUGUCUUCCUCCAAUUUUCACACCUCCUUCAUCUUGGUCCAAUCCUGCUUUUCGUAUGAUAUGUUCUGCGUACAGAUUAAACACGGUGAUAAAAUACACCCCUGUCUCACACCCUUUCUGAUUCGGAACCAAUUGGUUUCUCCAUAUUCUGUCCUUACAGUAGCUUCUUGUCCAGAGUAUAGGUUGCGCAUCAGGAGAAUCAGAUGCUGUGGCACCCCCAUUUCUUUUAAAGCAUUCCAUAGUUUUUCAUGAUCUACACAGUCAAAGGCUUUGCUGUAAUCUAUAAAGCACAGGGUGAUUUUCUUCUGAAAUUCAUUGGUCCAUUCCAUUAUGCAACGUAUGUUUGCAAUAUGAUCUCUGGUGUCUCUUCCCUUUCUUGGACGUCUGGCAUUUCUCGCUCCAUAUAUGGUAAGAGCCUUUGUUGUAGAAUCUUGAGCAUUACUUUACUUGCAUGGGAUAUUAAGGCAAUAGUUCGAUAAUUACUGCAUUCCCUGGAAUCCCCUUUCUUUGCAAUUGAGAUGUAUACUGAACACUUCUAGUCUGUGCGCUAUUGUUUAGUUUUCCAUAUUUCUUGACAGAUUUUAGUCAAAAUUUGGACAGAUUCUCAGUAGCUUGUAGCAGCUCUAUUGGUAUGCCAUUGUUAGGUCCAAACCCAACACGCAAGCCGCCCAUCUAUUCCUGGUGAUUUGUUUCUUCCACAUAUUUUAAGAGCAGCUUUCACCUCACAUUCUAAAAUUUCUGGUUCUUCAUCUGUCAUCCUUGCAUCUCUUUUAUAGAGUGCUUCAGUGUAUUGCUUCCAUCUUCCUUUUAUUUCAUGUUGGUCAGUCAGUGUGUUUCCCUGUUGAUUAUUCAA